UGACUUUACCCCACAUCGUCAACCACCUUUACUCACUGUCCAAAGGCUAACUAACGCAUCAUGAGCAACAAGAACCAUUCCAGAACGUUCAUUGUCGGCUGUGGAUGCACGGCGUUCAUCAAACCCAGAGGUCUCAGGGAGACUGAGGAUAUGGGGCUCGAAGCUGCAACCAAAGCGCUUUUGGACGCCGGCAUAACGUACGACGCAGUGCAAACCGCAUAUGUCGGCUUCUGCUACGGUGACUCGACCAGCGGACAGCGCGCGCUCUACAACCUCGGCCUCACAGGCAUCCCGAUAACCAACGUGAACAACAACUGCUCCACCGGCAGCACCGCGCUCUACCACGCCAACAACACGGUCAAAUCCGGCCUCGCCGACUGCGCGCUCGCGCUCGGAUUCGAGAAGAUGGCGCCCGGCGCGCUCGGCACGCACUUCCCCGACCGCCCACCCGCGAUCGCGCUCUUCAACAAGCGCACAGCCGAGCUCGAGCACGACCUGAGCGCGGGGACCAACUUUGGCCCGGGGGCACCACGGCUCUUUGCGAACGCGGCGCAGGAGUACUUUGACAAGCACGGCGGCGGCGUCGAGCAUCUCGCCCGGAUUGCCGCAAAGAACCACAAGCACUCGGUGAACAACCCAUACUCGCAGUUCCGCAGCGGAUGGACGGUUGAGCAGGUCUUGAAGGCGCCCAAAAUCACCAAUCAGCUCACAAAGUUCAUGUGCUCACCCACUUCCGACGGCGCCGCGUGCUGCAUCGUCGCAUCGGAACGUUUUGUGCACGAGCACAAGCUUGAGAAUCAAGCUAUAGAGAUCGUCGCGUCGGCGCUUGAGACGGACAGCGCCCCUACGUUCAAUGGACGCAGUGCCAUGGACCUUGUUGGUUAUAACAUGUCCAAGAACUGCGCGGACAAGGCCUUUGCAGCAGCCGGCUUUGCUCCGGGGAAGGGCAGGGAUGAGGUAGCCGUCGUGGAGUUGCAUGACUGCUUCGCCGCUAACGAAUUGGUGACGUAUGCCGCGCUUGGGCUAUGUAAGCCAGACGAAGCACACAAGUUCGUCGAACGCGGCGACAACACGUAUGGAGGAAAGUUCGUUAUUAAUCCAAGUGGCGGCCUCGAAGCCAAGGGGCACCCGCUCGGCGCAAGCGGUCUCGGCAUGCACUUCUAUAUAACGAUGCAACUUCGCGAAUGGGCUGGCCCGAUGCAGGCCAAAGGUAUUUUUGAUGGACAAGAUCCGAGAGGCAAGUACGGCCUCAUCCACAACAUCGGUUUGGGCGGUGCCGUCGUGGUCAGUCUUCUCCGCCGCCCCGAGUUCUACCAAGCAGACGGCGCCGACGGUCGAUCGAGACUGGGUUACAACCACGCACACGAGUGUCGCCCGAUCACCCGCGCCGACGUGGACAAGGUCAAGUCUAAGCAAGCUUCUGAAUAUGUUCUUCAACAUGCCAAACUGUAAUUUUGAGAAAUUUCAAACGCUUGGACUUUCACUAUUCAAUGUUUAUAAGAUUACUUGCUAUGCCAGCUACGUGUACAGUAGUAUCAAUAUCACCAUGUCGGAAAUACCACUUGAGGUUUGUCAA